AUGAAACUCCCGUUUCGAGACCUGCCUUCUUUGUCUGUUCCAUCGUCAGUAGAAAUGGCAAAAGAUGACCAGAGGUGGAUGAGAGACUGGAGGGACAGCUUUGGUAAACUGGUCCGUCAACUGACUGUUCGAAAUCAAAGUACCAAGGACAAUGUAGGUACACUUCCAUUGCUCGCAUACACAACACCAGAUCAGCCUCCAAGACCAUUAGAUUAUUUCACCACAGACGACCUCACAGCUAGAGAAACAGUGGUCACAGAGAUUGAGCAGGAAGCUGUCAGAGGAGCCAUUUUAUUUGAGGUCAACAGUGUUGUGGUCGUCAAGCGCGACCACGUACGGGGAUACCUGAACAGGGGACCCUUCUUUGUUGCAAUUGUCGUAGCUGAUGUCACCGACAAGGAAGAGAAUUCUUUUUGUGAUAUUGAGUUGUUUGUUUCUUCAUUUGAAGACUGUCUGCUGUUUACUUUGAAUGAAAGUGCACGAAUCCACCGAGAUACUAUCGUCAGUAAAGUGGGGGAAAAGCAUUUUGAAAAAGGGUGCGAUUUUGUGAGGUAUAUAUCAUACAAGACAUUUCUUUGA